AGAUGAUUGCUUUAUCAAGUACUUUAGAGUCAACAACUAAAAAUGUAAAUUUAUUUCAUUAUUAUUAGAUUAACGAAAAUAUGUCUAAAGUAAGUAAGACUGUUUCAGAAGUAGAUGAGAAAGCAAAAAAAGCUAAAGAAUUAAUAGAUAAAAUUCCUGGAGGUAAUUAAAUAAAGUCAUUCUUUUGAGAAUUUUACACAUUUUAUUUAAUUCAAUAAUUUAGAUUAUGUCAUAACACAAAUAUUUUUAUUUAUAUAGAAAUAUAUUAGAAAAUAAAUAUUGAGUUAGAAAUGAAAAAAACUUUGAAAAUUUUGAUAUUUCUUAUUUUAUCUAAAAUAGAAAUAUUAUUAAUGACAGAUUAUAAAAAAACAGCGAUUUGAUUUGGUUGG